AUGAGUAAUAUAUCAGUCGUCAUCAGUACCACAAUCGUCAUCAUCAUCAUCAGUAAUAUAUCAGUCGUCAUCAGUACCACAAUCGUCAUUAUCAUCAUCAUCAGUAAUAUAUCAGUCAUCAGUGCCACAAUCAUCAUCAUCAUCAUCGGUAAUAUAUCAGUCGUCAUCAGUGCCACAAUCAUCAUCAACAUCAGUAAUAUAUCAGUCGUCAUCAGUGCCACAAUCAUCAUCAUCAUCAGUAAUAUAUCAGUCGUCAUCAGUGCCACAAUCAUCAUCAUCAUCAUCAGUAAUAUAUCAGUCGUCAUCAGUACCACAAUCAUCAUCAUCAUCAUCAGUAAUAUAUCAGUCGGCAUCAGUGCCACAACCAUCAUCAUCAGUAAUAUAUCAGUCGUCAUCAGUGCCACAAUCAUCAUCAUCAUCAGUAAUAUAUCAGUCGUCAUCAGUGCCACAAUCAUCAUCAGUAAUAUAUCAGUCGUUAUCAGUACCACAAUCAUCAUCAGUAAUAUAUCAGUCAUCAUCAGUGCCACAAUCAUCAUCAUCAUCAUCAUCAUCAGUAAUAUAUCAGUCGUCAUCAGUACCACAAUCAUCAUCAUCAUCAUCAUAACCAUACGAGACGGGGAGCAAAUCCUCAAGUUCAAACAGAGACGAUAG